UCCAAGUACAACAAAAGUUUUAUAAUUGCUUAUGCUGAUCAAAGGUUGUUCCUAAUUUCAGCAAUCAUGUAUUUAAUGUGAGUUAAUGUUGAUAAUAAGGCAGCGAAUUGAAAAUAAGCUUUUUUUUUUUUUUCCUUUUUGUUUUAAAUUUUACACAGGAAAGAAAGAUCACUACAUUGUGGAAUGUGGCAGAGAAUUCUCUAACAGGAGUGCUGUUCAGAAACACACGAGAGUUCACACUGGAGAGAAGACAUAUUGCUGUAAUGAAUGUGGUAAACAGUUUUCAAAUAAAGGCCAUCUUCAGGGACACACGAGAGUACACACUGGAGAGAAGCCAUAUUGCUGUAAUGAAUGUGGUAAACAGUUUUCACAUAUGUGCAGUCUUCAGAGACACACAAGAGUUCACACUGGAGAGAAGCCAUAUUGCUGUAAUGAAUGUGGCAAACAGUUUUCAGAUACUAGUAGUCUACAGAAACACACGAGAGUUCACACUGGAGAGAAGCCAUUUUGCUGUAAUGAAUGUGGUAAACAGUUUUCAGGGACGGGCAGUCUUCAGAGACACACAAGAGUUCACACUGGAGAGAAGCCAUAUUGCUGUAAUCAAUGUGGCAAACAGUUUUCAGAUACUAGUAGUCUACAGAAACACACGAGAGUUCACACUGGAGAGAAGCCGUAUUGCUGUAAUGAAUGUGGUAAACAGUUUUCAGUGAUGGGCAAUCUUCAGAGGCACACUAAAGUUCACACUGGAGAGAAGCCAUAUUGCUGUAAUGAAUGUGGUAAACAGUUUUUACAUAAAGCCCAUCUUCAGAUACACACGAGAGUUCACAAUGGAGAGAAGCCAUAUUGUUGUAAUGAAUGUGGCAAACAGUUUUCACAGAUAGGCAGUCUUCAGAUACACACGAGAGUUCACAACAGAAUAAAAACAGUAGCAGUUCAAAAAUCAGUCCAGAAAAACAAGAACCCUUCAGGACUCAAGAGUGAGGUUCAGUUGUGUCCUGAAAAGUAAGCAAACUAAACUAUUGUUGAGAAAUGAAUCUCAAAGAGAAGCCAUAUUGCUGUUUGGAAUGUGGCAAACAAAUCUGUCAGAGCAGUACACUUCAGAGACGCACCAGAAUUCACACUGGAGAGAAGUACAACUGAACUGUCCUGACUAAAGACUGAGGUUCACUCCUGUCUGGACAGUAAGCACAUGUAACGACUCAAAUCCAUCCUACUUAGUGUUGUGUCAAAAACAAAUCAACAUGGAGGAGACAUAGAAGUUUAUAUUCUUUUUCCUUUUCCAGAAACAAAAUAAAGAACAGGGCGUCCUACAAACGGCUUCUCACUAAAGCCCUUACAGCCUCCAUCAUGUGCCUAGCUCUGUUUUCAUAACAUACGUAUUACAUAUAGAACUAUUUACAAUAUAUUAUACACAUUUCAUCAGAAAAAAGGAAAAAAAAAAA